AUGGCUAGCGCUCCUGUCCUAGCCUUCGAUGCUGAGGGUCGCCCAGUGAAAUUUGACACCUGGCUUGAGGAUCUCCACCUCUUCCUACAGCUCACUGCCAAGGAAGACAUCUCCCUGUAUGAUCAUGCCCUCGGCCAUGCUACUGCCCCUGACUCCUCUGCUGCCAGCACGCUACGCUCCCAGUGGCAGACCCGCGACGCGCAUGCUCGCUUUGCUAUCCGCAACUCGCUACCGCUAGAUGAGCGCGAGCACUUCGGCCAGUGCAAGACUGCUCAGGACCUGUACACAGCCGUCGUUGCCCGCUACUCCUCGCCUGCGUCUGCCACCCUAGGCCGCCUCACCCUACCCUACCUCUUCCCUGACCUGGCCUCUUUUCAGACCGUUGCCGAUCUCAUUACUCACCUUAAGACCAGUGAGGCCCGCUUUCGCGCUGCUAUGCCUGCCGAGUUCCUCGCCAGCAACCCCCCACCGCUCUGGCUCACGCUCUACCACAUUGUCACCCGCCUCCCUGACUCACUGCGCGCAGUCAGGGACUCUCUUCUUGCUCGCUCCCCUACUGAGCUCACCAUCGCCAUCCUUGAGAAGGAUCUACUUGCAGCUGAGGCGAGCAUCGUCGCCGUAGGUGCCUCUCGUGGCGAGCCCCGCCACCCCUUCUUUGAGGGGUGUUCCCCUUCCCCCCUUCUCCCCUCUGUCGCCACUGCUGCUGCUGUCGACCUCCUUGGUGCUGAGAAGGUCGGGGCUGCGUCUGCCUCGAGCGGGCGUCGCAAGAGCAGGGGGGGCAAGGGUGGGGGUGGAGGCGGGGGCGGUGGGGGUGGCGGCAGUGGGGGUGGCGGUGGGUCUGGAGACACUGGUGGUGGCAGUGGGGGUGGUGACAGCGGCGGCGGGAGUAGUGGCGGCAGCGGCGGUAGCAGCGGCGGCGGUGGUGGUCGUGGUCGCGGCAGGGGUGGAGGCUCCCGCUCUCAGUACUUGUGA